ACAGGAAAUGCUCACUUCUGCGGUGGAUCACUUUUCAGCAACAGAUGGGUUGUCUCAGCUGCUCAUUGCACACAACGUACAGCCGGUAGCACCAUUGCUGUCGUCGGUGCAAUCAGCCGAACAACUGGAGGAACUGCACAUUCUAUUACCAGAAUUGUCAACCAUCCAUCAUACAAUAGCAACACUCUCGCCAAUGAUAUUUCACUCCUUCAAACUGUUUCCAAUGUUGCUACAACCUCCACUGUUGCCCCAGCUUCUUUGGGAUCAGGCUUCGUUGGUGGUGGCGUCACUGUUAUUGCUUCGGGCUGGGGCCAGACAGCCCACCCUGGGUCAGCUGCGGCCAAUCUUCAAUGGGUUUCUCUUCAAACUUUGACCAAUGCUGAUUGUCGCAACCGAUUCGGUGCAGGCAGCGGAAAUGCUAACCGUGUCUUUGACAACACAAUCUGUACAUUCACUCGCAGUGGUCAAGGUACCUGCAUGGGAGAUUCUGGUGGUCCAAUCGCUUCUGGAAACACAGUUCAUGGUGCCGUUUCAUGGGGUAUUGCAUGUGCCCGUGGAUUCCCUGAUGUCUAUGCUCGUAUCAGCAGCCAUCGUGGAUGGAUUAGUUCAAUGAUGAAGUUUGUUAUUUCUCUUUGCUUGAUCGCUCUUGCUGUCGCCAACCCUACUCCCGACGCAACUCUCGAUCCAGAGUUCCUCGAAUGGUCUGGUCGAAUUGUAGGUGGAAGCAACGCUGUUGCUGGUCAGUUCCGUUACCAGGUCUCCCUCAGAACAACUGCAAACUUCCACUUCUGCGGAGGUAUCAUGUUCAGCAACCGAUGGGUACUCUCAGCUGCUCAUUGCACACAACGUACAGCUGCUAGCACUGUUGCCGUCUUUGGAGCUGUCAGCAGAACAACUGGUGGAACUUCACACAGUGUGUCUCGCAUUGUUAACCAUCCAUCAUACAAUAGUGGCACACUUGCCAAUGACAUUUCAUUACUUGAAACUGCAACUGCUGUAGCCACAACUGCCAAUGUUGCCCCAGCUGCUUUAGCAUCAGCCUUCAUUGGUGGUGGCGUCACUGUUACUGCUUCUGGCUGGGGCCAGACAUCGCACCCAGGAUCAGCGGCACCGACGCUUCAAUGGCUCAACGUACAAACAUUGACAAACGCUGACUGUCGCUCUCGAUUCUCUGCCGCAAACGCUGCUCGUGUCUUUGACAACACAAUCUGUACAUUCACUCGUACUGGUGAAGGAAUGUGCAUGGGAGAUUCUGGCGGUCCAAUCGCAACUGGAAACACAGUUCAUGGUGUGGUUUCAUGGGGUAUUGCAUGUGCCCGUGGAUCCCCUGAUGUGUUUGCUCGUGUCAGCAGCCAUCGUUCAUGGUUUGUUGUUUCUCUUUGCUUGAUAGCUUUUGCUGUAGCCAGUCCCACUCGUGAUGCAACUCUCAACGUUGAAAUAUCUGGUCGAAUUGUAGGUGGAUCAACAGCUUCUUCUGGUCAAUUCCCUUACCAAGUUUCUCUGAGAACAAUUGAAAAUGUUCAUUUUUGCGGAGCUACAAUGUUCAGUACAAGAUGGAGUGUCACAGCUGCUCAAUGCAUGACCUUACGUAACCCAGCAAACACAAUUGCUGUGUUUGGUGCUCUCACUCGACUUGCUGGUGGAACUUCACACAGUGUGUCUCGUAUUGUCAGUCAUCCUGCAUAUAAUGCUGCCAAUCUUGCCAAUGACAUUGCAUUGGUAGAAACUGCAACUGCUGUUGCUAUAACUGCUAGUGUUGCACCAGCUGAUUUAGCAUCAGCUUUUGUUGGUGGUGGAAUCGCUGUCAUCGCUUCCGGUUGGGGACAAACUGCACAAAUUUCUGGAUCACUCUCUACAACUCUCCAAUUUCUUAACACACAAACAAUAACGAAUGCUGAUUGUCGCUCUCGAUUCUCUGUGGUGAACGCUAAUCGUGUCUUUGACAACACAGUCUGCACAUUUACUCGCGAUGGACAAGGCGUCUGCAUGGGAGAUAUUGGUGGUCCUCUUGCCAAUGGAAAUACAGUUGUUGGUAUCAUUUCAUGGGGAAUUCCAUGUGCAACAGGAUCACCCGAUGUUUACGCUCGUAUCAGUAGUCAUCGUACUUGGAUCUCUUCAGUUACUGGUUAG